CCGGUCUAUUCACCACGCACGCAUCUAUUCUUCUGUGAGGGUACAUUUGUUGAAUUUGUUUGACGACUCUAUGCUGGACGCUAUUUUUUGAGAUGGUUACAGUUGGUGGUGGUGGCGGUUCGAGCAAUCCGCUCAGUUUCGACUUUCGCGCGGGCGUGGUCUUUGCAUCUCGAUAGACGUGACCGAAACUACAAACGAUCUCCUGUACGAGUUUAUCACCUGAAAACCGAGAAACACAAGCCACCAUGGCGCAAACACAACCGCAGCAGUUCUCCCAGUCUUUUUCCCCUCCGGGGUCCUCCCCCUCUCCGGGGGCAGCUUCCCCGGUGAAUGGUGGCGUCCCUCCACCGGUCAAACGACAACACCUCUCACCUCUCCCGCAAUCACCUUAUGCCUCACCGAGCUUUGGAACGCUACAACUCCCUCAAAACCAACCGAUACCUGUAAAUGGAGCGAACCUGAACGGUACAGGUCAACAAACACCACAAACACCCGCUCCCCCACCUGCAGGCACCAUGGGACCACCUUCUCGACCAGUAGAGAAAGCGACAGAUGCCGCAGAGCUUACAGAUGUCCUGGCUUCAUCCGGUAUCGAUGUUAGGGAGGAGGAGGCGUUUCUUACCAGUAGUUACUCAGCUCCGGGAACCCAGGCACAGCAGCCACCAAGACCCCAACAACCUCUCACGCAACAGCAGCCACAACCUCCGCUGAAUACAUCCUUUACAUCACAAGCUUCAACAGUAUCAACACAACCUAGUUUCACAGAACCUUCACCAUACAAACCGCCAGCAACUCAGGAAUCAUUCUAUUCUGAGCCACCACCACCAGCAGCCCCCGCUCCGUUUAAAGAUCCCAAUGAACCAACGCGAGAGGAUACCGAAGCCGCUAGACGUGCCCAGUACCACCUGCAAGAACCAUUCUUAUUGACGAAAGUUUUGGAGCAAAAAUUGCAACGACGUGGCUUUGAGCUUGGGGUUCGUAUACCAGCCGAAGGUUUGUUUCAUCCGGUACCAGGCCGUCCGCAACCGAUCGAAGUUACCGGGCCCGACGGAUCAUCUGUUGUACGUACUGGGCAGACCAUCUUAAAUCAAGAAGGGGCACCGUUGGUGGACAUACUGAACUUGAUGUCAAUCUCUUGCGAAGAGCGAUUGCGGGGCGUCAUCGACUACUCUUCUACGCUCGCACGAAGCCGACGUGCCCACUCACAUGGGGUCGUACCUGUUGAAUUCAAGGACAUGGCUGUCUCGGCUGGUGUCCCUAACGGGACUGGGGCAGUUGACAAAACGCCACUCAAACGACCUCAUUCAGCGACCGAGCAACCUGCAGCCAAAUCACUAGCUGAGAAAUAUCGUGCGCUUAUGGAAAGGGACAAUUCUAGCGAAGAAAGCCGAGCUGCCAAACGCGCUAAGCGCAGUGCCAACGCUAUCCUAGGCGAAGGCGGCCCCGUGAGGGCCGAAUCUGUAGAUAUACCUGGCUCCGGUGCCUCUACACCGAUCCCCGACAAAGCGCCAAGCAUCGAUAAGAAGGGAAUAUCUAAGAAAGAGGCUAAGAAGCUCAUGGAUGCGAAGGCAAGCGAGGCCCAGCAACACCAGCAGUCUGUGGAAACCGCACGACUCGCCACCAAUAGCAUGCUCUCGGGUCGUAUGUUUGGAACCAAGAAGUCCUACUCAUGGUUAAAUCGGGGGCCAGCAGCCACCAGCAGUGGUUUUUCUACACCGUCACGUGUCAGUACCGCAACCCCAAGCGGGACGAGUCCCGAGAAGCCUGGCCGUGAACCAGCCAUCGUGCCCGCGAAGCGAUUGGGAAUGUGGCGGGAGGACAAAGACAAGGGCUCGGGGGUUCAGGUCCGAGACAUCUUAUUCAUGCUCGAACUGGAUGGCAGAGGCCCCCGACACGUGCAGAAAGCGUAUUCGAAGGAUCUGAAGGAAGACCGAAUAGACUGAAUGAGCCUUCUUCAUGUCCUAUAUGAAAUGAACCGUUGAUGCUAGUUCCGCUGCAUUCUCGACUUAGCAUUUGAUCUUUCUUGUCUUUCGAGGUCCGCACAGUUACUGCGCAGGACCGUGGUCUCUGGCGUUGCGGUCGGUAUAUUCUCAUUUUGCUCAACACCUCCGCCUCGGGUGUCCCACGCUUGUUCUUGUAUUUUUCUCCGCGUGCAAUCUUUCUCGAGGCCGGAAUGGAGUCACUGCAUAUGUGUGCCGUUUCUUUUCUUUGGCCCUCUACUACUUACUACUACUACU